GCUCGACGUGCGCUCCAGAAGCGCGGCGGCCGGAUCAAACGGCCUCAGAGACCUCUUACAAGGCCAGUGUCUCGGUGAUUCUGGGUCGCAGCUGGUCAGUGCUUCCAUUAGCGUUAGGUAUGCCGCUCACCUUUGAGUGAGGUACGACUACUAGGAAGGUUAACUUUUGGUCUGUCAGCGUGGUGGGGAUGUAAGAGGUGUGGGUGACUUGCGGAAACAAACUCUAUCACUCAAAGAGUUAUAAAGAAGGUAUGUUUAUUCGGCGCCGGGCGCGCGCACGGGGGAUCGCUCCACCACAACCGUGCGCACCCGACUCGGCAACUUGCUUGACUUAUAUUUGUUACAGAGUUACAAAAUCAUAUGAUGACGUUAUCCGCCUAGACAAAGACACAACCUGUCCCCGAUUUCGCAUGUAAAUUAGGUCUUUUCUUCCUUGCAUUUGCGUGAUGUCUCCCGGUGAUGGUCUUUGGGGCCUUGGGAGAUGAUGGCUGAUAAGUCCUGAGGCUUUCUCACCCCUGAUCCUUGCACAACUUGAGAUAUCACUUGGUCCCUUGCAGAACCGGUUUCUGCCCUAAAGGAAGUUGGAGGAGCCCGGAGCUCAACGAGCUUGUGGUGGGAGACACUAAUGGGAAACUCUAUGUUUACAAGAAUGAUGACAGCAAACCCUGGGCUGUACGAUCUUGCCAAGGAAUGCUCACAUGUGUUGGUGUGGGAGAUGUAUGCAAUAAAGGAAAGAAUCUCGUGGUUGCAGUGAGUGCAGAAGGAUGGUUUCAUCUUUUUGACCUGACUUCUCCUACUUCAAAACACUCAGAUGCUUCAGGUCACCAUGAGUUGGCAGCACCGGAAGAGCAGAAGCCAGCGUUCAAGCAGCACAUUCCUGCCAACACCAAGGUCAUGCUGAUCAAUGACAUUGAUGGAGAUGGGAAGUGUGAGUUGGUGGUGGGCUACACUGACAGAGUGGUACGUGCCUUCCGCUGGGAUGACUUGUCAGAGAAUUCAGACCAUGUCUCUGGGCGGCUGCUCCUGUUGAAGAAAUGGCUGCUAGAAGGUCAGGUGGACAGCCUGUCUGUGAACCCGGGCCCUGAGGGCUCACCGGAGCUGAUGGUGUCUCAGCCAGGCUGCGGUUACGCCGUUCUGCUGUGCACCUGGGACUCUGAGCAGCAGGCCGUGGCUGAGGGAAGAGACAGCGCUGCCCCAAGCAGUGAGGCCCCUAUUCGGGAUGUUAUUCUACACCAAACAUCUGGACGGAUUCACAACAAGAAUGUUUCCACUCAUCUAAUUGGUAGCAUUGGCCGAGGCUGCUCCAGUGAGAAUAAUGGCUCAGGUCUCUUUGCUCUCUGUACUCUGGAUGGAACAUUAAAACUCAUGGAGGGAGCAGACAAGUUGCUCUGGUCUGUGCAGGUUGAUCAUCAGCUGUUUGCUCUGGAAAAGCUGGAUGUUACUGGCAAUGGGCAUGAGGAGGUGAUUGCCUGUGCAUGGGAUGGGCAGACAUACAUCAUCGACCACAAUCGGACUGUUGCCAGAUUUCAAGCAGAUGAGAAUGUCAGUGCAUUCUGUGCAGGACUGUAUGCGUGCAAAGGUGGAAGCAAUAGCCCCUGCCUGGUUUAUGUCAGCUUCAAUCAGAAGAUUUACAUCUACUGGGAUGUGCAGCUGGAGAGAAUGGAGUCUACCAACCUGUUGAAAAUCCUGGAUUGUGACCCAGAGUUUGGAAGUCUCCUCCAGCAGCUGGGUGUGGAAAGAGACAACGUUUCUGCUGUCAAAGAUCUGAUUUACAAAACGCUGUAUUUUCCUGAGAAACAGCAGCAGAACAGCCCCUCCCAGUGUCAGGACCAUGCUGGAACAGAUUCCUCUGCCCACUGCACUGUCACCCAGAAUGCCUUAUAACAAGUCAAAUGGAGACUGACUUCUUUAAUACUAGCACAAACUCUCCUCCAACUGGAAUCAGGCAUGAAGAUGAGACUGUUCUUUUCCUAUCUCUGUUAAAGCUUCCAGACAGCAAAGGGUGUACAGGCUGAAUUCUGUCAUGGGAUGUGCUUGGCUGUAGGCUUGAGUGAAAAUGGUGAAUUGAUUUGCUUUUAGCUGAGGAAGCUACCAGAACAGCAAGAAUGCAGGGUCCUGCUCAUUGGCCUUGUGUUGCCAGUCUUCUCUGCUAGCUAACAUGCUUUAUGGGUGACUGUGAAAAGGCUCUGAAGACACAGAUGGAGAAGAACAGUUGAGCUCAGCCUCCGUUUUGGGCUAUUCUUAGAACUGCUCUGGUGAUUCCUCCUGAGUUCUGAGAAAGAUCACAGUGCAAGAACUGUGGAUGGAGGAGUUGAGUUAGGGAGCAGGCAGGGGUUUUCUCUCCCAUUUAGAUGUGUGUUUAAAGUAGACCCAAGCGUUUUUUUUCCUUUGCUUUGCUACUGCCAGUUUCUUACAAGCCACCUCCUGUUCUGAAGGACUGGAGAUGUGAGGAAAAAACACAACUUGCACUGAUAUGAUAUUGAGAGGUAACAGCUCCAGUGAACCCCAUCUGUACUUGAGAGGUAUUGCUUGUCUCCAUCUUCUUGGGCAGAGUUGUUGAGGGAUCUUGUGGUUAAGGUAACCUAACAAAUACAUUUACCAAGGUCUUGUUGCUAAGGUAACAUGUCCCUGUCAGGUGUGGUAUGUAACUCUUGCAGUUUGAUCCCUAUGUGAUUCAAAAGAAUACUUACUUAAUAGGUAUUUGAGUUAUUUGCAAGUGUUUAGCUAAUUGAUUCAGCUAUUACUAGGUGAUUAACAAGUGCUUGACUACUUAUUGUGAUAAGUUGUUAACUAAAAUAAUUGUAUAUCUGCAACAGAGUGAUCACAGAGAUGACUGUGACUUGGCAAAGCAGCUGUAAACUGGGCAAUAAGAGGGAUCUGUGGGAGCUUGGCCAUUCCAUAAUAAGUGGUGGAAAUGUCACUCUUUGCUCUUGUGAUGGUCAGUGCCAUGCUAUUUUGAGCUCUGCACAACUGAAAGAGGUGGACUGGAGGUGAUAUUCCACUUUCUGGUAUGCAGAGUCUGGAAAAGGCCAUGACUCAUAUGCAAAGGCUCAGGCAGGAACCUUUCCACAUGCCGCUGGUGCUUUUCCCUAUCUCAGAUUGCCCCUUGCCUGACUCAGCUUAUUAGGAUAGGAGCAGCUAGCUCACCUGCUGUUUUGUAUCUACUGUUUUCUCUCACUUGUGUGAUGUUUUAUUGGACAUGCAUAAUGGAAGGAGGUGUCCCUUAACCUUCGUGGCCGCCUGAGUCAGAACAAAUACAAUGCAAUGAUCUCUCUUUGAAAACAUUUAAAAAUCCUGCAGGCUUUUGAAGACCUGCUGUUUCGUACUCUGCAAAACAUGCAAGGGCAGCCCUAACUCGGAGAAAGAACAUAUGGAGUCUUGCCCUUGGGUCAAAAGGGCUGUUGUUGAAGUAGCUCUGUGCUAUAAAAGGGCAGGAUCUUUACAUAAUUUUCUUUGCAAUUUCCAUCUGGAGAUCUAUACAAGCUUUUUAGAGGACAGAUUUUGUCCUCUGUGUGUGCUAGCAGUGAAAUGGUAUGACCUGCUCUAUACCAGCUGGCUUGCUUCUUGGUCCACCCCACCUUCUGACUCUGUAACUACAGUGGGGAGUUUUUCACAUUUUAAUGACCUCAAUGAGAAGCAUUUUAAAAAUGUUUCCCUGUCAUACUAAGUGUUUGUGCACAACUGAGGCCUUCAAGCAGAAGCUCUCAAGUCAUAGUAGUGCUUCAGUAAGUGGUGUUCAGAGCAGCAGGAUUUGAGUUUGUCAGCUAUGGAGACCUGAUAGUGUAGACACCAUCUACAGAUGGGCUAAAGCAAGGAGUUGUGAAACUUGUCAGCUCUGGACUGUAACCUCAAGAAAUUGCCAACUUUCAUGAUGCUGAGAUGUCCAGCCACCCAUCCCAGCAGGCAAUCAUCAUUGCUUCUGGCAAAUUAGUCUGUGACCCCUUGGGCUCUCAGCAAUCUCAUAGUCCUUUCCUAAUGAAGAUGAGUCUUGUUGGGGCUAUCAACUAAUUCACAGUAUAUUGGUUCUUGCUACUUCCAGGUUUCUGUUUAACAAAACCUAAAGCUGCUCCUUCCAGUGGCCAGAACAAGUAAGGAUUCUCUUUUCUCCCUUCAGGUUGUGAGAAAUAUUGAUGUUGCUUUUGCAGAAUUAGAAGGAAAUUAAGAAAAGGAAUUCCGACUGGUAUCUGCCUCUGUGUAAUGUAAAUCAGUGGACUGACCAUAAGACUGUUAUCUGUUUGUUUGUAAUGUUAACUAGAGUUUUAAAUCUCAGGACUGUGGGGAAUGGGUGAUAAUAUACAAAAAUCAGACAUCCCCUGAGGGGAUUGUAGGUGCCUUGAGAAGUUGUAAACUUUGGAGUACCUAAUCAAUGGGGAAACAAGGGAGGGACCUUGCAGCCAGGAUAGGGAAUAAGCCGAAUAUUGUACCUGUCAGGUGUGCCUACUAGCUAGGACACCCGCUCUUGCAAGAACGCUUAAUAAAAGUGCUUCACUGCAGAA